UACAAAAAAAUAAUCAGAACGAGACCACUUUCACUCGUUCAGCCGACAACAAGAGUUCUGCGGCGCAUCGUCCACCACUUCGAUUCGAACUUGCGCCGUAGCCAUUUGCUGCACACUCGCCGGCAACACAUAUCCCUCGCCGCACAACCGAUCUCCACGACGAUGUUGACAGCAUAACGUCAUCUUCUUCGCUGCGAAUUCAAAUUCAUCGUCUAAGUUAGAAUAUUACUCCAUGUCAAAAAAGUGAAAGAAUCACUGGAAAUAAAAAGUCAACGAAGUCGCGCCGCCGUUGUACCAAUUACAGUUAACGAAUUGAAAGAGGGCCUUUUCCGCUACUUCAUCAUUUUUCUCUUUUCUACUUUUUUCACGGCAACUAUUUGGUCAGCAUGGAUGUAGCACAUUACUAUUUAGAAGGUAAUGCAGAUGCUGUGGAGUUUUGCCCACAUAAUGGGCACCACAAUAUUUUAGCAGCAUCCACUUACACACUACAAGAAGGUGAUCAACCUAGUAGAUAUGGAAGCAUUUCACUUUUCAACACUGAUGGGGACACAGGCAACCUUGACAAGGUUUAUAGUGAGGAGACUAGUGGGAUUUUCGACAUAAAGUGGAAUCCACCAGCAGGGCACACUAGUCCUCUUUUAGGUCAAGCAGAUGCUGAUGGAUACUUGAGAAUUAAGAUGCUUGAUCGUGGCUCUGAUGGAGUACAAGGGACUUAUCUAAAAGAGAUUGCAAGUGAGAAAAUCAGUGACUCAAUGUGCUUGUUCCUGGAUUGGAAUCCUUCAGCCACAUCAAUCACUGUAGGGCUUUCUGAUGGCUCUGUGUCUAUUGUUUCUCUUCAUGAGUCCAAGCUGGAAGUACAAGAAGAGUGGAAGGCACAUGAUUUUGAACUUUGGACAACCUCUUUUGAUAUCCACCAGCCAAAUUUGGUAUAUACUGGCUCUGAUGAUUGUAAGUUUUGUUGUUGGGAUUUGAGGGAUAGUCCUUCCAAUCUUGUAUUUAAGAACUCUAAAGUCCACACAAUGGGUGUUACUUGCAUUGAAAAGAAUCCUCAUGACCCAAAUAGCUUAUUAACCGGCAGCUAUGAUGAGUUCUUGAGGGUGUGGGAUUUAAGAUCAAUCUCAAAACCUGUUAAUGAGACUUCAAUUAGCUUAGGUGGAGGAGUUUGGAGGGUGAAGCAUCAUCCCUUCAUUCAAGGCCUUGUUUUGUCUGCAUGUAUGCACAACGGUUUCGCGAUCGUUGCUAUUAAAGACGACAAAGCUGAAGUGUUGGAAACGUACAAGAAGCAUGACUCACUCGCAUAUGGAGCAGACUGGCAGAAAGGAGAAGCAAAUCAUAUAGAUGGGAGAAGUAAACCAGUAGUGGCUACUUGCUCAUUCUAUGACAAACUUGUUAGGGUCUGGAGGCCCUGUAAUGAUAUUAUUUUGUAAAUCCAUGUUUAACUUUGAGCCCUCAGUUUUGAAAUGUAACAAUAACUAUUUAUUUAUUCGACCAUGGUUGCAUUAAACAUAGGAAUAUGACACUAUUUUUUGCAACUACUAAAUACUAGUGUUUCAAACUCACCCAUUCAUUGAUAUGUACCCUAUUGUACAACUAUAUUGACAGAUUGAGCUUAGCAUACUUAAUUCAAUUGCCAUUUUUAUUGCUUAUGUUUA